AUGGAUCUUUCAGAAGCUGGUCUAGAUAGAAUUGAGGCACAGAGGGCAAAGGAGGUGUCUUCUGACCAACGGAACCGAAGAUUCUUCCUCAUGAACAACGGUGCAAGCAGAAUCUGUCCACGAGGUUCCCCUGAAAGCCAAGGAGAAUGCACGCAGCCACACAAGUUCCUAGCCAGUCUCAGACUUUCUGAUCUUUAUAACCUCCCUGGUGAAUCUGUGGCGAUGAACUCAGAGAUGUUUAGUGCAAUGAGAGCCGGGAACAUAGAGUUUCUUGAGAAGAUGAAGAGGUACGAAACAACACCUAUGGCAUGCUUCAAGAACAGCAAGGGAGAUUCUAUUCUUCACCUCGCUUCUUCUUAUGGUCAUCUUGAGCUAGUGAAAGGCAUAGUUUCUGCAUGCCCAUCUCUCCUGUUGGAGCCAAAUUGGGAGGAUCAGAUUCCGCUUCAUGUGGCUGCUCGUGCUGGUCAUGCAGCAGUUGUUGAGGCUCUCGUUGCCUCGGUAACAUGUUUUUCAGCUGGACUAUCUGAAGAAGAGAGGUUGAAUCUCUAUGUUCUUACGGACAAAGAUGGAGAUACUCCUUUGCACUUAGCCUUGAAAGACCUCCAUGAAAAAACAGAGACAUCUGUUUGUCUAGUGAAGGCAAAUCAAAGUGUUUCACUUGUUGCAAAUAAAGAUGGAAUAUCUCCCUUGUAUUUAGCAGUUUUAGCUGGUAAUGUGUCCCUUGUGAAUGCAAUGUUGUUGAGCCAUCCUAAUAAUAACGUGCAAGGCAACUUAGCCUCGCAAUUACAAGGGAGAAAAUCACUUGUUCAUGCAGCCCUAAAGGCUAAGAAUACAGAUGUUCUUGAUGCUAUUCUCAAUAAAGACCCAAGCCUCCUCAAUGAGCGAGAUGAAGAAGGAAGAACCUGUCUCUCGGUUGGAGCUUCUGUAGGGUUUUACAAAGGCGUACGCAAGCUGUUAGAGCGUUCAACCACAAGCGUCUUUGAAUGCAACGAUGAUGGUUCUUUUCCCAUCCAUAUAGCAGUGGAGAAAGGUCACGUAAAUGUUGUUAAAGAGAUUCUAAAAUGUUGUCCAGACUCUAUAGAGCAGCUUAACAAAGAAGGUCAGAACGUUCUUCACAUUGCAGCAAAGAGUGGUAAAGCUGUAUCUUUUCUGAUGAGUCAUAUCAAGAGACUUGGUACGAAGAACCAUCUUAUCAAAGAGCAAGAUGUGAAUGGGAAUACACCUUUGCACCUGGCCACCAUACACUGGCGUCCUCGAACUACCUUUGCUAUGACCAACCCAAAGAUCCUCAACAUACAGAACAAAGAUGGCUUGAGUCCUCUGGACAUUGCAGAGAUAAACCUGCAGUCUGACUACGUUUUGCGGGAGAGAAUGACAUUGAUGGUCUUGCUAUGCGUUUAUGAACCAAGAGGUGUUACUUGGCGUCCAACGAGUGGGAUGACAUUAAGAAGCAGAUCAGAGAAACUAAAUGGUUUCGGUGAAAAAUACAAAGACCGUGUCAACAUACUUCUACUAGUGGCAGCUCUUGUAGCAACCAUAACGUUUGCUGCAGGUUUUACUAUGCCAGGUGGGUUUAACAGCUCUGGCAUGGCUGUUUUGAUCAAUGACAGUACCUUCUCAAACUUUCUCGUAUGUGACACCUUGGCAAUGCAGUGCUCUGUUAUAGCAAUAGUCACUCUUAUCUGGGCACAGUUGGGAGAUCAAGAACUCGCACACAGAGCUUUUCACUUGGCUUUGCCCUCACUCUUCUUUGCUCUCUUCUUCAUGUCUGCAGCAUUUAUUUACGGCGUCAAUGCUUCAGUACAACACAACAUCGUGCUUGAUGACAAGAUACAUAUUAUAUCUGCCAUCUUCUGUAAUGUCACGCUUGUCCUCCUUGGACCUUAUGUUAUCCCUCAGGUCUCUGGCAUUCCUUUUGUUCAAGAUUUAACCAGUCUUUAUCUCUAUCUUCUUUUGUGGUUUGUUAGUGAAGACGAUGGUGAGAAACAUCACAUCUCCAAGUUGAAAAGUGAAGAUCGUCUUAAAGGAGAUAUAGUAUAUCAAAAUAGCUUUCUCCAAUAUUAG